GCGUCAUUUUUUAGCUUUGACAAUAAGAACAAAGUACAAAUAUAUACCUGUAUAUAGACUUAUAUAUUUGUCAGUUAGUAACCGCUCAGGUUGAUUAACAACAUUCUUGCAUGGUGCGUGUGGUUCGUUAAGAGGAGUUGUGAUCCAAGAAAAUAUCGGACUUCUGACCAACCGAUACGGGCACUGUGCAGCUACUAUGACGUCACCGGGGGGACAGUGCACAGGCGCGCUGUCCUCGAGAGGGGGCGGGGCCCGGAGGAUGAAGUGGGCUCUAGAGUUGAGUCUGGGCAGCACCAGGACUCGAGGAGACAGACAGAGUAACCAGGGUGACGUUCUCUACCCUGUUGGAUAUUCAGACAAGCCGGUCCCAGACACCAGUGUGCAGGAGACCGACCGGAACCUCGUUGAGAAGAGGUGUUGGGAUGUAGCUCUGGGUCCGCUGAAGCAGAUCCCCAUGAACCUGUUCAUCAUGUACAUGUCUGGUAACACCAUCUCCAUCUUCCCCAUUAUGAUGGUGUGUAUGAUGGCCUGGAGGCCCAUCCAGGCCCUGAUGUCCAUGUCUGCCACCUUUAAACUGCUGGAAAGCUCCAGCCAGCAGUGGCUUCAGGGACUGGUCUAUCUCGUUGGCAACCUCCUGGGCUCAGCAUUGGCUAUCUAUAAGUGCCAGUCAAUGGGGCUGCUACCCACGCACUCCUCUGAUUGGCUGGCCUUCAUAGAACCUGCUCAGAGAGUGGAAGUCAUGGGUGGAGGGAUGAUAUUGUGAAGUAGAGGAGUGUGGAGUUACAUCUGUGACAGAAUCGACAAGCACAUAUACACACCCACACGCAUGCACACACACACAGACACACCAUUUUUUCAGUCUUUUCCACUACCUUUGUGUGUACCACUGAUCUACAUAUUUGAUGCACUGAACUCUUACUGUGAACUCUUUCUCUUUAUGAAUAAAGAUUGCUUUUAUUCACGUAA